CAAUGGGAGCAGGUUGCAGUUCGGAUGCAGAUAAUCCAUUCACCUAUUCAGGCACAGGACACCGUGUUCCUCCACUGAAGAUUGCUUUAGUAGGUGACCCUGAAGUAGGUAAAACAUGUGUAGCACUGAGAUUCCUCAAGAAUCAGUUCAGUCCCAUGUAUAUUCCCACCAAGAAAGCAGUCAUUGAGAGCACAGUGCGGAAGUUGAAUGUUCCAGGUCACACUGUUGUAUCCCUGACUUUGUGGGAUAUUCCUGGACGAGAGGACAUUGACCUCCAUAAAGCUUACUUCAGGAAUCUGGAUGCUGCUAUUGUGGUGGUGGACAUGACAGAACAGACAAGUAUUGAAAUGGCACCAGUAUGGCGUCAGACAGUCCUCAACAAUACAUUUCUGACCCAUCCAGUUGAGGACAAGGCAGGACAGGUCCACACAACCACAAUGGAAGAAACUCCGGUAGACAAGGAGACGUUUCCAAUACUUUUGCUUGGCAACAAGUUUGAUGUGAUCGAACAGAGGAUACAAGCUGAGCGUCUCAAGAAAAUGAUGGCAGAACGUGCAAAGUCAGAGAAGAAAAGUCCUGAGGAUGAAGGACUAUUGUAUUUUGUAGAUAAGGAAAAUCAAGAAAUAGAAGAGAACUCUCGUAAGAUAUGGUCUAUCAAUGGUCCACUUACUGAUGAGGAAAAACCUGAGUGUGUUAAGUUUUUGGAGAAGACUGCGGUAGACCACAACUUCCAUGGAAGUCUGAUGGCGUCCGCUCGUGAUGGUGAUGGGUCAGUUAGGGAGGCAAUACAAUACCUGGUACGUCACGUACUGGAAGCAAAGUUUGCUGUGAACAAGUGGAAACGCAAGGACAAGCCUACAGAGCAGAAAAAAGCAAAAGAACUGGAGUAUGAAGGACUUCAGUUAACACAUGUCAAGGAGUUUGACCAGGUGUUUGAGAUGGCAGAUGUUGCUGUGAAGAAGGUAGCUAUGUUACGUGACUAUCAUCAUAAGUCUUUCACCAAGCUCAAGGAGAUGUGCAUGCAAGCUCAAAUAUUGGAAUCAGGGGAGACAAGUCUGGAGGACUGUAUCAUUGCACUCAAACGCAACAUAGGGGACGGGGCUGAACUUAAGGUGAAAAAAGACGAAGAUUUUUGUAAGCUAGAAAUCAUCUCAAAAGAUGAUGAUUUUAAACCAGUGAAGAAAAUGAGAGUUCUUAUGAAACUCUUCCAUAAUGAGUUUGCUAAUGUGUGUAAGGCCAUACUGAAGGAAUGUCCUGUGAUAGAUUCCAACCUGCAGACAAUGGAUGCUCGCCUCAAUACCAUGUGUGAUGAAUGCUGGGAUGCUGUUGCCAUGGUAGACAAUGUUCCACGAGGUCGAGCAGACAUCAAAGAAAUAUCAGCAAUCAUUGAACAAAAUCGUGCAAAAAUGCAGCACGCAUGUUUGGAAUCACGAUCAGCUAUUCAAAUCGUUGAGGAUUCCAAGAAGAAAAUAAAAGCCGCAUUUCUGUGGUAA